UUGAACUCUGCUUAAAAAAAAAGUUUAAAAUGCCUCAAAAACGGAAUGUACCGCCGCCGGUGAAGGGUAUUUUGGAUAUUGACUCAAAACUAACUUCAGUUAUUUGUAACUCAGUUUCUAGGGUUUUGCCUGUUCGCAGUUUUACCACAUAUUACAAGGGAUUAGAGUAUUCGUGUCACGGAAUUGUAUGGAUUGCCUGUUGGUUGUCUUUCAUUUGGUUUGCUUGGUCAAAAUCUUUGUUUCAAAUGCAAGUUAACCUUCUUAUUGGAUUAUUUAUUGAUAUUUUUGCGGUUGCUACUAUAAAAGCAUUUGUUCGUCGCCGUCGACCUGUAGGCAACAAGAAUGAUCAAUGGGUAACAAUUGGCCCUGAUGUCUACUCUUUUCCGUCAGGACACGUGUCAAGAGCAUUUUACAUAUUAUUUUAUUUUUAUAAAUUGUAUCCGUUAAAUGAAUUUAUGGUAUUGUUUUUAUGUGUUUGGGCAGUAUCUGUGGCUUUUAGUCGAAUACUUUUAAGACGUCAUCAUUUAUUAGAUGUAAUUGCUGGUGGUGUAUUAGGGUAUUUUAUAUCAUUUGUAGUAUCUGUAAUUUGGAUCGAUCAAAGUACACGAGUAUUUGGUAUCGUAUGUAUCAGAUGAUAAAUUGGAGGGUGGAGAAUAUCAUGUGUAAAUUUUAACUAAACAUUUAUAUUAUAAAAAAAAAAAUAUAUAUUUAAAAAAUAUUAAAAAUAAUAUAAUUAUAAUGUGUAAAAUCAAGAAAUAUAUUGUACAUUUCUAAUAGACUGGAAGGCUGUUUGAAUAUUUAUUAAAAUGUGUAUCUAAGGUGUAAUAAUAAAUUAUAAUAUGUAUUUGAUUGUAUGAUUAUUUCUGAAUUAAUAUGAUUGUAUUGUGUAUAUUCACGAAGGAUUCUAUCUGUAAAAAAAUAUACUUGUUAAAAUUACAUUUAUAAAAUAAAAGUAAACAUGCAUCCCAUAAAAUCAAUUUUUAAAAAAAUUAUGUCUAAAAUACAAAAUUGUUUUACUAGUUAUUUUGUUAUGUAAAAAAAUCUUUUAAUGGUUUAUAUUAAUUGAUUUAAUCAGAUGUAUUCUUAGUUCUUACACUUUAAACAAAUUAAAAUUAUAACAGCAAUAUGAAACAUUAAAAUACAAAUAUAUAAUAAGCCCAUCGAAACAUAACUGUACACAAAACAAAAGCUAAAAAAUCAUAUAAUAUUGUAAAAUAUGUAUAUGAAUGUAAGUAAUAAUUAAUUGCAUAUACUUAAUUUAUAAGCAAACCAUUAAUAAAUCAAUAUAUUGAUAUGAUGGGAAAUAAUGUUAAGAAUACCAUGAUUUAAAUAUGCAGAAAAGUUUGAAAUUUUUUAUCUGAACUUUUGAACUGCCUUCCCAUGCUUACAUUACUAUGUGUUUGUACUUUUUAUAGUUUGUUUAUAUUUUUAAUUAAAUGAGCUAAGCACAAA